UCCGUAUAUAAAAACAAGCGUUUAUUUAUUUUUGAUUUUAGUGUCGUCUUCGCAUUCUUCCGCAUAACUCGGCAAAUAUACCGAGAAAUAAUUCAAGUUGACCACGGUUCUCUACUAAAAAUUGUCCAGUAUUUGAUUUGUGACCUAGACGACAGGUUGUAAGUAGGUACAAGAUGUUGAAGCUUGUUGUUCUGGCUUUUGUUGCUGUCCUAGUAAGAGGAGAUUUGCCUCCAGGCAGAACAUUGGCAGCCCCAGAAAGAGCCUUAUGUCAAAGAAGAAGCAUUCAUGAAAUCGGACCUGAUGGUCAUGGUUACUUCUUCAGCUGGAGGGACCCAGCUAUUAAAGAUGCCCAAUUCGACUGGCUGAACGCACGUAAUUACUGUAGAAAACAAUGUAUGGAAACCGUAUCGCUAGAGACCUCCAUCGAAAACGAGUGGGUCAAGGAACGUAUCGUCAAGGAGAAUGUAAAAUAUAUCUGGACUUCGGGCAGAAAAUGUGACUUCAAAGGAUGCGACCGUCCCGACUUACAACCAAUUGAUAUUAACGGAUGGUUCUGGACUGCCACUUUGGAAAAACUGGCUCCGACUACCCAGAGGGAUCAGAACGAUUGGUCUGAGAGUGGCGGACUUGGAUUUCCACAACCCGACAACCGUGAACCGCAGCAAGGAGGUGCUCCUGAAAACUGUUUGGCGGUACUUAACCAGUUUUACAAUGACGGUGUUCACUGGCAUGACGUCGCUUGCCACCACAUUAAACCAUUUGUUUGUGAAACCAACGAUGAACUCGACAAGCUCGUUAAUCUUCUUGACUAGUCCCAAUGUUUUUGUGUUUCUUUUAAAUUGUAUUGACGCCAUUUGUAUGUAUAUGUGUUAUAUAUAGAAUGAAUGAUUUUUGUAAUUAAUAAAUUAUGAUGUAAGAUCGA